AUGUCAAAUAAAAACAUGCAUGGACGGAAUGUUAUUUUUUUAAGUGAUGAAGAAAAUGAUACUACGGAUGAUUUAUUUUUUAUAAAUGUCCAAAAAAAAAAUUCAUCCAUUAUUUUACUCCGAAAAAUUGCAAUACCCAGAAAGAAGCUUAAAUUUUUAACAAAACCUAUCAAAAUUGGAAGUAAAGAUUUGAAUAAUACUCCAAAAAAAAUUGAAAGCGAUGAUUUAAAAAAAGAGCCACCAAUACCAAAAUCAACAGAGGAUGACGAGAAUUGUAGAACGUGUAAUUUAAUUGAAAAAGAGCAAAAUUCUUGCCGUUCAUUUCAUUGCGCGUAUUGUGGAUUCACUACUUCAGAUAAAAACACUUUAAAAACUCAUAUGUAUCGCCAUGAUGGAAAGCCUUACAAAUGUGUUCACUGUAACUAUACGACAACCAGACCAAUGCACAUAAAGGAACACGUAAAGAAACAUACGGGAGAAUCAUUAAAGUGUUCUCAGUGUUCAUUUAAAACUAUAUAUCAAAGAAGUCUUGACUUUCAUAUGUUAAAGCACACUGGGUCUCCAGAACAUAUUUGUGAAAUUUGUCAUCUUGGUUUCUUUCGUCCACAGUAUCUGAAACGGCAUAUGCGCCGUCAUACUAAAGAGAACAGUCUCGAGUGCGAUUAUUGUAAAAAAGAGUUCUUUCGCAAGACUCAUCUUAUAAAUCAUAUUAAUCGGCAUACCGGUAAUAAGCCUUAUAAAUGUGAUAUUUGUCAGCUUGGAUUUGUUCAAAUGUAUCACUUAAAACGACACCAACUUACUCACUUUAAAGAAAAAAAAUAUUCUUGCAAUCUUUGUCCUGAAAAAUUUGAUCGCUUGUAUAGUUUAAAACGGCACAAAACGAGUCACACUGGUGACAAAUUAUAUGAAUGUAAUGUAUGCAAAUUAAAAUUUAUUCGACCAGAACACUUGAAACGACAUCAAGCUGAUCAUAGAAACGUUUCCAAAAAAGCGAGUAAUAAACGCACUUACAAAUGUAAAUUUUGUCUUUUUACUGCAUUAUCUGCAUUUGAUUUCAAUGAACAUCUUAACAAGCACAUAGAUUCUAACUUGGUAAUUUGUAAUGAAUGUGGUAUUUCAUUUGAAGAAAAGAAAAGGCUCAUAAUUCAUUUUCGACACAAACAUAGAAAUUUAUUAUAA